AUGCCUAUGAUGGCGACCAAUCUUUCCUGGAGUCCAGUUCUCCCUAUAAGUGCAUCUGUCUCAGAGGGAUGCCUUCAUUCCCUCUCCGAGCGCUUCGACUCUCCACAGGUGGCCUCCAGAGACUCGAUCGGUAGCCCAGCUUGUUGCUCUACCCCUUCGGAUAGCGAUCGUCAGUCCGGGUCUGAUUCUCGCGGACUUGACAGCUGUGAUCUCGGCAAGGUGAAGGGCAUGCAUAAACAGUGGAAACGGUGCACGUCAGGCACACCGGCUCAACACCGCUCGCCGAUCAGCGCACCUAUACCGUUCUGCAGCCUGAAGCUGAAAAAGAAGAACGGUGACCAUAGUGGGAAGCCCUCGCGCGCAUCAUCUGGCGAUCUACCGAAAUUGCGACGGAAACGGCCUUUGGGACAGAGCUACGAUGGCACACGUUGGCACCGGAGCUCUACCGCAAGAGACGCCUCACCAGAGAUUGAAGUAGUCGACUGGUCUGGAAUAUUUCCCUCUGCGAAUAGUCAAGGAAGUCUUUCCGGCGCUCCAAAACAGAGCGAUGGGAACAUCGUCCUUCAAGAUUCCGACAAGAACUCUGACGAUGAAAAGAACCGCACAGUCGUGAGGAGGGGAAUGCUGCAUCACCCCUACUCGGCGCAAGAGGUCCCGUAUCUGUUGGCAUAUUCUCCCGCUAUGUUGGACAAUGACUUCUGGACCUACAAGCUGCUACGACGGCUGAACCCGUACAAGUCACCAUCCUGGCAUGACUAUGGAAAGAAGUCCCCUUCCAAUGUCCUCGACCUCGGGUGUGGCGAGGGGCACUGGGUGCUGUACGCAGCCGAGGCAUGGAAAUCAGCAGGGACUCGCGUCACCGGUCUUGACAUCCUCGAUCUGCACAAUAGUCCGACCGGACACGUCUCUCGCAAGCCCACAACAGCUGAGUAUGUUCCGAAGAACACUACAUGGAAAAGGGGGAACUUCGUCAAAUGUCGGUUGCCAUUCCCAGACAAAACGUUCGACCUAGUCAGGAUGGCAAAUCUUAACCUUUGCAUACCCUCCGACCGCUGGGACUUUGUCAUUGAGGAGGUUAAGCGCGUGCUUGUCCCAGGAGGACGAUUGGAAUUGAUUGACGAUGCGCUGAUUUACCCUGUCGUCUCGCUACCUCCUAGUCCUCAAUUAUCUGCUUCUUCGACUGACGACAUAGUAUCCGAUGCAUCAAGUGCAGCAUAUCUCGAGGACAUCUUUGCCGAUAUGAUCGUCGAGCGUGGUCUCUCCGUGUACCCUCAAGACAUCAUCGCUGAGGCUUUAGGCCGCGUCUUCGGGAUCGAAAACUCAAGGCAAUUGCAACAUCUUCGCCUUGCGGUGCCCCCACGUGAACUCCUUGAUGGCGACACUGAUGCUGCAUCUCAUCGUCCGUACCAGCCUCCGGGUCUCGUGCUCUUGCCGACAUCAAAGCUGCUUCGGUUCUCACCUCUGGAGACCGAAAUGUAUGCAUGCAAGAAUAUGCAUGUUCUCUUGGGCAGCAAGAAUGCUCUCAUGGAUUACCUAGUCGAUACCUGCGGCAAUCUGUCCUUAACCGAAGACGAUAUCAACGACAUACUUUGGAAAUAUGAAUGCUUCAAGCGACCGCGGUUCAACUGGCCCAUGGAUCAUUCUGGUCUCUGUAUGGAUGAAGAAAAUCUUGACGCGUCGCCUUUGACGUCGCUGUUUCGUAUCAAUGCUGGAUCCUUGGAGCGAGAGCGGUCGUUCUCUAAUCCGAGCUGGACACAUUUGCAGCUUGACCAGGAAAGCGUCGACAAACUCACGGAAGUGCGGGCCAUUCGAGUGUACUCUGCGGUGAAGGUGGAUUAUUGA